AUGCGCACGGACCGGGCGACACUAUACAAAUCCCCAAUGCGACAAGUCGACGGAUAUAAAUACCAGAUGAUCUGCCAGUUCCAGAAUUAUCAUCAUCAGCAUCAAUCCAAAGCAAUCCAAAGCAAUUCAAGUUUAAUCCCAACUCAAAUUCCAGCCACCUUCAAAAUGACUCCCGCUCGCAAAGCCCUCAUCGCCAUCACCUCGGCCAAAGCCACUUUGAACAAAGAAACAACAGGCCUCUUCAUCACCGAAGCCCUACACCCCUACAAUGUCCUCGUAGCCGCCGGCUUCGAAGUCGACCUCGCCUCCGAAACAGGCACCUACACCGCCGACUGGCUCUCCCAAACACCCGACUUCCUCAACGGCGACGACCUGACAGUCUGGAACGACGUCAACAGCGACUUCCGCAAGAAGCUGGACAAUAUGCCCAAAGCCGCCGACCUGGACGCAUCGCAGUAUGGCAUUUUCUAUGCCUCCGCUGGCCACGCCGCUCUGAUCGAUUACCCGACUGCGACUUCGCUGCAGAAGGUCGCUGAGCAGGUCUGGGCCAGUGGUGGUGUUGUUGCUUCUGUUUGUCAUGGUCCGGCUAUCUUUGCCAAUAUCCUUGAUCGUGAGACUGGAAAGCCUGUUAUUCAGGGUCGUCGUAUUACUGGGUUUACUACCGAGGCUGAGAAUACUAUGGGUAUUAUUGGUGAUUUGAAGAGUUGGAAUGUUGAGCUUUGUGAGGAGCUUGCUGCUCGUCUUGGCGCUAAGUAUGAGCGCUCUGUUGGUAUUUGGGAUGACUUCCAUGUCGUUGAUGGUCGUCUUGUUACUGGUCAGAACCCUGCUAGUGCGACUUCUACUGCUAAGGCUGCUGUUGAGGUCUUUGAGAAGCUUUAGACAAGUGAUUGAUAUGUUUUAGAAUCUUAUGGAGAUGUUGUUUAUGCCAUAAAUGUUGUUCACACUGCUUAACGUGCCAGCUAUCUUCAUUUUUUUAUCCAUGUCCGCA